AAAUUACGUCACCAAUGUCUUCUCGGUGUUUACUGUCGGUGGCUAAACGUUUGAUGGACCAGUAAAAUGACUGUUUAAUUUAAUUUAGACAACCAGAACAGCAGCAGUCAUUGCAGAUGGCGGAUUCUGCGGUGAUGUCGGGAGGGUCGCUGAACGCGGGCGGGCGUGGCGCUAAAGCAGCUUCCAGCCCUGCGGAGAACUACCAGCUGUCCCGGCGCCGCACCCUGCAGGUGGUGGCCAGCGCCCUGCUCACAGAGAGCGGCUUCGACUGCGCCGAGAAGGCCGCGGUGGAGACGCUGACCGAGAUGAUGCAGAGCUACAUCAGUGAAAUUGGCCGAUGUGCUAAAGCAUAUUGUGAACACACAGCCAGGAGCGUCCCGACCCUUUCAGACACCGUGAUGACUCUCAUUGAAAUGGGUCUCAACGUGGACACGCUGCCUGUGUACGCCAAACGGUCGCAGAGAAUGGUUAUUACUGCGCCUCCAGUGACGAAUGCCCCGGCACUACCCAAGUCCCUGUCAGCUGGACAGAAGCGUACUCACCCUGCCCACAUUCCCAGCCACUUCCCAGAGUUCCCAGACCCUCACACCUACAUCAAAACACCUACGUUCAGGGAGCCUGUGUCAGAUUACCAAGUGGUGAGAGAGAAGGCAGCGACCCAGAGGAGAGACGUAGAACGAGCUCUCACACGUUUCAUGGCCAAGACUGGAGAAACUCAAAGCCUCUUCAAAGACGACUUCACUGCGUUCCCAUUGAUCGCCGCCCGGCCGAGCACCAUCCCGUAUCUCAGCGCCCUCCUGCCCUCUGAGCUGGAACUGCAGGCUCUGGAGGAGACGGACUCCUCUGAGCAGGACGACCAGACGGACAGCGAGAACGCAGCAGGGAACAUCAUCACCGACGAUCCAAGCGCAGACAAAGAGAACUCCAUGCUCCAUCCCAGCAGCGUUCCAUCUGCCAAAGCCAGCGAAGACAACGUGAUCGACAACCCGUACCUCCGGCCAGUCAAGAAACCCAAAGUGAGGAGGAAGAAAUGAGUCAGGACCUCCUUCACAUCAGACUGACGUAUGUGUCAGUGGUUGGUGCUCGCAGACGUCCAGCCCAGCACAGAGGCGUGUCCCAGGACUCAGACCUGCUGGGGGAGCAGGGAUCAGCAGCAGAGGGACCUGAGCUGCUGCCCACGUUUAUAUCACACCCCACAUCUGACCAAGAGAACGGUUUUUGUUGUUACAUUUUCUACAAGCGCUCGCGUUGUAUAAACUUAAGACACCCAACAUGCAGAUCAUA